ACGGCCGCCGGCCCUCUGGGCUCCUAUCGCCAUUCCGGAACCAAAAAAAACCGCGAAAAUCGUCCUCAUCUGCUCCGAAAGUCCCUCAGAUCCGUAGGUUACCACCGCAGACCGAUGACGCCGCACCUCUCCUUCUUCUCUCGGCCUAUUACAGCAUAUCCAAAUCCGUUAAUGGCCAUACGUAGGUUCUGUUAUCCCCAUCUUGAAAGCGAACCAUCUCCCUAACCCUAAACCUAUCGUAUGGAGAAGGUUUCCGACCCUUCCAGGUUUGGAGAGGUCGCCAACGCUGCUGAUGGCGGCGGCCAAGGAGGAGGAGAGGAAGAGAGUGAGAUGGACGUGGACGACCUGGUCCGUGAGCUUCUCGAGACAUUCGAGACUGUGCUGUCAUUUUCCGACUACCGCCGCACGCAGAAGAAAGAGUGCUAUAACCUCAUUCGCCGGAUGAAGCUGGUCGUUCCAUUGCUCGAAGAGAUUCGCGAUUCGGAGGUUCCUGUGCCGGAUGGGGUCUGCUCCAAGCUCUGCAGCCUCCGAGCGGCCUUCAAAGCUGCUAAGAAGCUGCUCAGAUGCUGCCAUGACGGAAGCAAGAUCUAUUUGGCUUUGGAGAGCGAGGCAGUGAUGGGCAGAUUUCACUUUGUUAAUGAGAAGUUGACUCAGGCGGUGGAAGACAUGCCGUAUAACGGACUUUACAUUUCAGAUGAAGCUAAAGAGCAGGUAUUUGUUAUGUUUAUUGUUUUCUUUGGGUUUCAAUUACCCUUUU